AUGUCUUCGUUUGCUGAUGAGGUCGAGUACAAGCUCGAUGCCGUCAAGGCAACACAGCUGGGUGCUGAGGAAAUUGACAAGACAUUUCGGCCAGCAUGCAUCGAUCUCGUCUCAGCGGGAUUGGGUGGCAAGGUUCUCGGGUUCUCAGAUGAGUGGUUUGCUGAGGCCAACAACCUCUUAACCCCAACGGCCCCCAUCAGCCAGCCAGGCAAGAUGGUCUAUACCGGAGCUUGGUACGACGGCUGGGAGACUAGACGCCACAACUCUGAAGAGUUUGACUGGGUCGUGAUCCGGCUUGGUGUCGCUUCUGGUACCGUCAAGGGUGUUGAAAUAGACACUGCCUUUUUCAAUGGCAACAAUGCUCCUGCCAUCUCUGUGGAGGGAUGCUUCAGUGACAAUGACGAAGAGGUCGUCUCAUGGAAAGGUGGUCGAGGCAAGUGGGAAGCCAUCCUCGACAUUCGAGAGUGCGGGCCAACUCAAAGGCACGGUUGGAAGCUUGACGCGCCCACCAACAAGCAAUACACCCACGUAAGACUCAACAUGUACCCGGAUGGAGGCAUUGCCAGAUUCCGUCUGUUUGGACACGCAGUGCCUGUAUUCCCCGAGGACAAGGACGCCGUUUUCGAUCUUGCAGCGGCGCAAAACGGUGGCAUUGCCAUCUCGUGCAGCGAUCAGCACUUUGGUACCAAAGACAACCUGCUGCUGCCAGGUCGCGGAAAGGACAUGGGCGAUGGCUGGGAGACGAAGCGUUCGCGAGGCAAGGACCACGUCGACUGGACGAUUGUCAAAUUGGGUGCCCCAGGGUACAUCCAAGAGUUUGUCGUGGACACGGCGCACUUUAGAGGAAAUUUCCCGCAAAAGGUUGCAGUCCACGGUCUGUCAUGGCAAGGAGAGGGCCAGCCCGAAGCGAACUCUGAGGGAUGGGUUGAGGCUGUAUCACCCAGCAAGACUGGGCCUGAUCAAGAGCACAAAUUUGUGUCUGCGGUUGGAGAUGUACCCCUUACGCACGUGAAGCUUACCAUGAUACCUGAUGGAGGAGUCAAGCGAUUCCGAGCCUUUGGCAAACGUGUGGCACACUCUGGUCCUGCCCCUCCUCCCACCAUGGAUCCUGGGGACUCUGGCAGCGACAAUGGCGGCGAGAAGCGGCGAACCAUUCCGGCUGAUCUUCCCACGUCGCUGGACGAUCGAAGACACGCAGCGGGAGAAUUCACAAUGCCGGAGACGGAGAUGUACGACGGCUGGCAAGGCCAGUCCCAGUUUCUCACCUCACCGGUGCUCGCAAAGCCACUCAACUUUGGGGAUCUGUCCCUGAACGAUUCGAACCAGGACGACUUCGUCGGUAGCGGCCCAAAGGAUAGCGACGCCAGACUCAUGGAAAUGCUGGCGGCCCAGGCUGCGCAUCGCAACGAAGCGGCGCUCGAAGAUGAGGAUGCCAUUAUAACAAACGACAAGAUGACGGAGUCGGAGAAGAAGGACAUACUACAAAGGGCCUUGACCAUGGCGGCCAGCAACGGCGACACCGAGAAGGUCAAGAAGCUCCUCGAGGGAGAUGCAAAGCCCUUUGUCGACGUCAAUCUUCCCGACGACGAUGGAACCCCCGCACUGAUAUAUGCCAGCUGCUUUGGUCACGAGAAGGUCGUCGAGGCUCUCAUCGAGGCAGGCGCCAAUGUGAAUCAACAAGACCGCAACCAAUGGACACCUUUCAUGUGGGCAAUGACGAAUCGCCACAAGGGCAUAUCGAAAUUGUUGCUGGACAAGGGGGCAUCCUCAGAACAAAAGACAUCUUCCGGACGGACGGCGUUCGACUUUGUGCCCCCAGAUAGCGACAUGUCAUUUUACCUACAUGACAAUGGUUAUUCCAUUGGUAGUGCAGGUAUCAUGGGCGAUUUCUAUAACCCCGGCUUCUCUCAGGACCGCUUCGAGGAGGAAAUGGCGGAAAACGAAAUGCGGAGACGGCUAAUGAUGGAGAGUGCCCGCGAUCUAGAAGUUGAUUUGGGCAACGUUGGUAUGGACGAUCAACCGGAGCCGAUGGAUGACUUUGAAGAAGAACAAGCAGAGUUCGAUUGGAGUCGCUGCCUCCACGACCAAAUGUUUGUCUUUCAAGAGCACGAGUUGGAUCGGAUACUGGAUAUUGUGGUCACCAAGAUGACCCCCCAGCGGUCGCCAUCACAGAAACCAGUCCCGGCCAACAUGAUUUUCCUCAGCGCGAGAUAUGCACACUACCAUGCUAGUCCAGAAUUACUGAGAAGACUGCUCGUAUCUGCAAUGGCUCGCAUCAACGCUGUCGUUGAAAAAUCCCAGUGGGACAUGACCAUUCUGGCUUUUUGGAUUUCAAACGCGACGCUCCUCCUACAUUAUCUCAAGAAAGAUGCUGGAUUGGUCGAGGCAACAACAACAUUCCAGGCCCAGCUUGCGGAACUCAUCAAUGAGAUAUUUGUGCUAAUCGUGCGAGAUGCCGAGAGACGCCUGGAUAAAGUUCUUGAUCCUGCCAUGUUGGAACACGAGACGAUCCCGGGAUUCGAGGACAUUGCAUUCCAAAACGAAUGGAAGAUCUUCAAGAGGAAGUCUACAGUUAAGGAGCAGCCUCUUGAGAAGCGAUUCCGUCCGCCGUCUCCAAAACAGAGGGCGAAGCCCGCCCCUAGAAAUGUCACCUCACUGCUGUCGUCGACGCUCUUCGUGUUGGACUUGUACGACAUUCACUCGGUCAUCACAUCACAAAUCAUCUCUCAACUCCUCUACUGGCUUGGAUGCGAACUGUUCAACAGAGUCAUAUCGAACCGUAAGUAUCUAGCCAGGACAAAGGCAAUGCAAAUCCGCAUGAACGUCUCAAUGGUGGAGGACUGGGCGCGGACAAACAACAGACAGGCGGAGCACUACGAAGGCGGCGAGAUGAACUCAACUGGUGAAACCACAAUGGAUGCGGCCAAGCGACACCUCGCCCCCGUUAUCCAACUUUUGCAAUGGCUACAAUGCUUUUCAUCGCUGAAUGCUGAUGACCUGGAGGCCUUGGUCGACACUCUCCAACAGCUGAAGAGAAUGACACCUCAGCAACUGAUCCAUUCAGCCACGCAUUACCGCGCCGAAGUUGGUGAAAAGGGACUACCUCCCAGUGCUAUGAAAUAUCUUCUGGCAAUCCAAAAGGAGGGGGCACUCAAGAAGAGCAACCAGGCGUCGGAAAGCGUCCCAACUACGCCAGUAACGAGCAAUUUCAACGGAAAUGGACAGUCAACUCCCAAAAGUGUUCAAAUCAGAACGCCUGGUGGUGCAGACUCGGAUGACGAAGAUAGCACUCCCAAGAGUUUGCUACUGAAUCCAUCUUACAUGCUGCCUUUUGCACUACCAUCAGUAACGGACAUGCUGGUAUCAUAUGGAGCAGGUUUUGGAGGUGUCAACAGAGAGAGGGAGCGCAAAUACAUCCCGACCGUCCCACCAGAGUUUCUGGAAAAGUUGGAAGUGAAUGGUUCGCGGAACCCGCCCAUGUUUCAGGAGAAGGACUGGGAAAAUGAAGAGGUGUGA